CAGAAGGAAACGGAAUUUGGGUAGGGGUGGGGAGCUAGGACCAGUCCCCCCCGGGGGCGUCUUGGGGAUGUGGAACUCGCACACCCAGAGGAGGUGGCUCUACCAGGGGUGGGCCCCGGAUCCUAGGGGCGCGGGGCUGGCCCAGCUCCCCGCCGGCCUCGCGGCAGCUGGGCCUCCCCCUCGCUGCACGCAGCCCUCCCAGCUCCCCCGCCCGCCCUCGCUCCCGCUGGGCCCCGCAGCCGGAGGAGGGGCGGCCUGCCGCCCCCGCCCGCUGGAUCUCAGAGUCGCCGCCCCCGGCGCCGGGCUGCAGCCGCCACGCCCCGGGAGAGGACCGACCGCCCAGACCGCCGGUCCCGGGGCUCCCUGGGCCACGCCGAUCACGGGGAGCCCCCCGACUGCCUCCCAGAGCAAAGUGGGAAAGGGAAGCUUAGCCCGCCGCUGCCGCCUCCGAGCAGCCCGCCAGGUGAGCGCCGGGACAGGACUCUGGCUGCUGGAGAUGGGCGCCCGGCUAUCGCGGCGACGGCUGCCGGCGGACCCGUCCCUGGCCCUGGACGCGCUGCCCCCGGAGCUGCUGGUGCAGGUGCUGAGCCACGUGCCGCCACGCUCCUUGGUCACGCGAUGCCGCCCAGUGUGCCGCGCCUGGCGCGACAUAGUGGACGGGCCCACUGUGUGGCUGCUGCAGCUGGCCCGCGACCGCAGCGCCGAGGGCCGCGCACUCUACGCAGUGGCUCAACGCUGCCUGCCCAGCAACGAAGACAAGGAGGAGUUCCCGCUGUGCGCUCUGGCGCGCUACUGUCUGCGCGCGCCCUUCGGCCGCAAUCUCAUCUUCAACUCCUGCGGAGAGCAGGGCUUCAGAGGCUGGGAGGUGGAGCAUGGCGGGAACGGCUGGGCCAUAGAAAAGAACCUAACACCGGUGCCUGGGGCUCCUUCGCAGACCUGCUUCGUGACCUCUUUCGAAUGGUGCUCCAAGAGGCAGCUUGUGGACCUGGUGAUGGAAGGGGUGUGGCAGGAGCUGCUGGACAGUGCCCAGAUUGAGAUCUGUGUGGCUGACUGGUUCUGCCCCAAAGCAUUCCAGCUCCUCCUUCAGGCUGUGGCUCUUCCAUAGAAAAUCUGAUCUCUUCCCUGGGGCUCUGGCUCUUCCCUGAAGUCAUCAGGCACCUGCCCUGCAUUGUGGUUCUUCCCCAGAGCAUCCUUUCCCAUCCCCCAACUACCUACCCAAAAGCCUCCCGAAUCAACCCGAGGACCACCCAGGCUCCUCCCCCAGGACCACCCAGGCUCCUCCCCUGCUCUGGCUCCACCUAGGACCACCCAGACUCCUCCCCCAGGCUCUGGCUCCACCCCAGGACCACCCAGGCCCCUCCCCCAGGCUCUGGCUCCACCCCAGGACCACCCAGGCCCCUCCCCCAGGACCACCCAGGCCCCUCCUCCAGGCUCUGGCUCCACCCCAGGACCACCCAGGCUCCUCCCCCAGGACCACCCAGGCCCCUCCCCCAGGCUCUGGCUCCACCCCAGGACCACCCAGACUCCUCCCCCAGGACCACCCAGGCCCCUCCUCCAGGCUCUGGCUCCACCCCAGGACCACCCAGGCUCCUCCCCCAGGACUACCCAGACUCCUCCCCCAGGACCACCCAGGCUCCUCCCCCAGGCUCUGGCUCCACCCCAAGACCACCCAGGCUCCUCCCCUGCUCUGGUUCCACCCCAGAACCACCAAGGCUCCUCCCCUAGAGGUUCCCAGGCCAGGACGUCUCCAAAUGUGGUCCAGAUGUGCAGGACCCUCAUCAAGAUGGAGCCAGCCCUCAGCCUCCCACCCCGAAACCCAGAGAGCUGGCUGGGUGACCGGGGCAUAGAGGCUGACUGCUGCCUGGCAGGUGGGGCGCUCGAGAGAACUGCGGCUGCGUCUACCAGCUCCGGGUCCGCCUUCUGGAUGUGUAUGAAAAGGAAGUGGUCAAGUUCUCAGCCUCACCUGACCCGGUCCUUCAGUGGACUGAGAGGGGCUGCCGACAGGUGGGUCCAGACUACCUUCCAGCUCCCCCCAACCCGCUAAAGGCACACACGCCCAGCCUCUCGUCUGCUCGGUUUCCCUUCUGUUACUCCUGGAUAUCUAUAAUCAUAACAGCUAAGAAGUAUUGAGCCCUUCUUACAUCCCAAGCCCUGUGUCAAGACGCUUACAUAUCAAUUCAUUUCAUUAGCAAAACCCCUUAAUGUUCAACAAACACUGAUUGAGCACCUACUGUGUGCUGGGCACCACUCUAUGUGCUGGAAAUGCAGCAGUGAAGCAAAAUCCUAUCUCCAUUCUAGAGUUGAGGAAACAGAGGCACAGGGAGGUUAUGUGACUGGUCCAGUGCAGAGCUGGACUCAAGCCCAAUCUGGCACCAAGACUAUGCUGUCUUGAUCCUCACACCUCAGUUACCAGAGUAAAUGUUUCGGCUGGGCACGGUGGCUCAUACCUGUAAUCCCACCACUUUAGGAGGCCAAGAUGGGAGGACAGCUUGAGGGCAGGAGUUUGAGGCCAGCCUGGGCAAUAUAGCGAGACCUCCAUCUCUACAAAGAAAUUAAAAAUUAGACGGGCAUGGUGACUUGCACCUGCAGUCUCAGCUACUCAGGAGGCUGAGGUGGGAGGAUGGUUGGAGCCCAGUUGGUCCCACUGCACUCCAGCCAGGGCAACAGACUGAGACCCUAACUAAAAAUAAUAAUAAUAAUAAUAAUAAUGAGUCAGAUCAGAAGUCUCACUGCUUGUAAUGCUCCUGUGGCUACAUCUCACAGUAAAAGCCAAAGUUAUGCAGCCACGGAAAAGAAAUGAAGCAUCAAUUCACACUGCAACGUGGAUAAACUUUGAAAACAUGAUGCUGAAAGAGGCCAGACAUGAAAUGACAAAUACUGUAUGAUUCCACAUAUAUGAAAUGUACACUAAGAAGAUUGGCGACUGCCAGGGGCUGGGGGAGGGAGGUCUUGGAAAUGACAGCUCAUGGAUGCAGAGUUUUUCCUGGGGUGAUGGGAAUUAGGUAGUGGUGAUGGCUGCAUAAUAUCGUGAAUCAACUAAAAACCACUGAAUUGUACACUUUAAAAAAUGAAUUUUGGGCCGGGUGUGGUGGCUCAUGCCUGUAAUCUCAGCACUUUGGGAGGUCAAGGCGGACAGAUCACUUGAGGCCAGGAGUUCAAGACCAGCCUGCCAACACAGUGAAACCCCGUCUCUACUAAAAAUACACAAAUUAGCCAGGCACGGUGAUGGGCGUCUGUAAUCCCAGCUUCUGGGGAGACUGAGGUGAGAGAAUUUUUUGAACCGGGGGAGGUGGAGGUUGCAGUGAGCUGAGAUCAUGCCACUGCACUCCAGCCUGGGCGAUGGAGCGAGUCUUGUCCUCAAAAUAAAUAAAUAAAAUAAAAUGGUAAAUUUUGGCUGGGCGCAGUGGCUCACACCUGUAAUCCCAGCACUUUGGAAGCCCAUGGCAGGUGGAUCACCUGAGGUCAGGAGUUCAAGACCAGCCUGACCAACAUGGCGAAACCCCCGUCUCUACUAAAAAUACAAAAAUCAGCCGGGCGUGGUGGUGCACGCCUGUAAUCCCAGCUACUCGGGAGGCUGAGACAGGAGAAUCGCUUGAACCUGCGAGGUGGAGGUUGCAUUGAGCCGAAAUCAUGCCACUGUACUCCAGCCUGGGCGACAGAGUGAGACUCCAUCUCAAAAAUAAAUAAAUAAAUAAAAAGUUUGUUUUACGAAAA